AUGGUAGGUAGUUUAGGAAAUCCGUUUAUGAACAAUACACCUUCAUCUUCACCAGUAAAAGACUCGGAGAAUAAUCGUGUCUCUAAGAGACCAGUCUCGAACCUUUCUUCGUCAUCGACAUCCGUUCUAUCAUCCCCAUCAAGAAGACCAAGAACUUCAGGUUCUGUAAUAUAUUCAGAUCGAUUCCUUCCGAAUAGGACAGCAGUAAACCUAAAUGCCAUAACCUCGAUAGGAAACCCAGUCAAUUUGGCCCCACACAAUACCUCUAAAACAGAGGAUCAAGUAGAGAUACAGAAAGAAAGACAGUCACAUGCUACUUUUGAUGCCAUCUUAAAGAAUGAACUGUUUGGAGAGAUGUUGCAAAAGGAUACCAUUGGGUCUGAAAGCAGUAUAGGCAGAAUUCAAAAUACACGACCAGGAACGGCGGAUGCUUUUAGGAGCACGUACCCGUCAGAAAGAAGUAGCCAUUCUAAUAGUGGUGCGAGAUUUCAGAAUUCAAGUGACAACAACAUUCAAUCUAAUGAUUAUAGCGAAAGCGAAGCAGGAGAUGGUGCAGCAACCCCUCCCGAUGCUGAGAUAAUGGAAUAUUCAUCAUCCACAUCAGUACCUGUUACUCCGAGCCGUUUAUUUAGUACAGUGAAUGAUGACCUGUAUAGACCAUCUACUGCAACAGCCCGUGGGGCAAGUUUAUUGACUUACAGUGAAAGAACUGGGAGGAGGACUUCCGUAUCUUCUUUAAUGCAGUCACAGUUUUUUGAUUCGCUAUCACCUGUACGACCAGAUUCUAAACAACUUCUGUUAUCCCCAACUAAAAAAUUUAGGCAAAUUGCCAAAGUACCCUAUAGGGUAUUGGACGCACCAUGUUUGGCAGAUGAUUUUUAUUAUGAUCUUAUCGACUGGUCAUCGACAGAUAUAUUAGCUGUCGGGUUAGGCAAGUCUAUUUUCUUAACAGAUAAUGGUUCAGGUGAAGUGGUACAUCUAUGUGAUACGGAAAAUGAAUACACUAGUUUAAGUUGGGUGGGAGCAGGCUCUCAUUUAGCUGUUGGGCAGGGAAACGGUCUUGUUGAAAUUUAUGAUGUUGUAAAAAGAAAGUGUGUAAGAACUUUAUCUGGCCAUGUCGAUCGAGUGGCAUGUUUAUCCUGGAAUGGCCACAUUCUAACCUCGGGGAGUAGGGACCAUAAUAUCCUUCAUAGAGAUGUUAGAAUGCCGGAUCCAUUUUUUGAGCGUCUUAAUACUCACUCUCAGGAGGUAUGUGGAUUGCAGUGGAAUACGGAAGAGAAUAAAUUGGCGUCAGGUGGCAAUGAUAAUGUCGUUUGUGUUUAUGAUGGGACUUCAAGAAAUCCAAUGAUUAAAUUCAUAGAACAUAAGGCGGCUGUUAAGGCCCUGGCGUGGUCGCCACAUAAGAGAGGAAUUUUGGCUACUGGUGGUGGUACUGUUGAUCGAAGAUUAAAGACUUGGAAUGUGAAUACAUCAAUGAAAUUAAGUGACGUUGACACCGGUUCCCAAGUUUGCAAUAUGAUUUGGUCAAAAAAUACAGAUGAGAUUGUAACUUCACAUGGGUAUUCAAAGUACCAUUUAACACUUUGGGAUUAUCCUACGAUGAACCCUGUAGCAAUAUUAAAAGGCCACAGUUUCAGAGUAUUACAUCUGACACUGUCAGCAGAUGGGACCACUGUGGUUUCUGGUGCUGGUGAUGAGACAUUGAGAUAUUGGAAGCUAUUUGAGAAAUCAAAACCUAGAGCCAAACCGGAUUCUAUCAUACUAAAUGCCUUCAACCAAAUACGAUAG